AUACAGAUCAGAAGAGCUUUUUACACUGCUCUUAACCCCGGGGUUCUGGUGGAUCAAAACCCUGGGUUCUUGUGGAUCUAAACCCCGGGUUCUGGUGGUUCUAAAACCCGGGUUCUUGUGGAUCUAAACCCCGGGUUCUGGUGGUUCUAAACCCCGAGUAGAGGAAGGUUUCACAGGUGUAAUGUAGAAGCAGAGUUAUGAAGCUCUGUGUUUUCCCCAGAUUUAUGAAACUCUGCUCUGAAGCAGGAUCAGCGGCUUUUACAGUGUUAACUCCACAUCACGCUGCUGAUGGUCUUCAGUGUGAACCGAUGCUGUGCUGUUAGAACCUUACGGCUCGUCGCUUAGCAACAGAAACCCAAUCAGAACCUGAACAGUGCAUGAAAACCUCAUAUCAGGUGAAAAGCAGGACGUGGCGAUGCGUAACAAAAACGGCUCGGUAGAUAGAGUCAGGAGGCAAAACACUGAACAUGACGGAAUUAUGUGCCGUAGCGAGGGGGAAAUAUGCCACACUGAAACAUUAGAGGAAGUUGGAUAUCAAGGAACGACCGGCUGGUCGACUAGACGACAAACUUAAAAAGUGUUAACUGUGAAAGAUAACACAACCUGCUCUUGAACCACAGACAGUGUGAGAUGAGGUGUUAUUUAAAGCGGUCACUCUCUGGAUUUAUCCAAUCAUUGGUGUUCAUACGCGAAUACAUAAAUGAGAAGAAGGUUGCAGCAGGGUUUAGGAAUGUAGUGUGAGAAUCGUCAGGUUAUGAAGAGUCAGGAUUCAGUGUUAUCUCCGAGGAAAGUAGGAGGUGUCCUGGCCACGGAUGGGCAUGUCAUCGUCUGGAUUUGAACCUGGGAUCUCCUGAAGAGAGAUGUGUGUGUUUUUCUGAUUCUGAACACGUGCGUUCAAAACAGGAAGCUGAUGCUGUACCUAGAGUGUCCUUGUGUGUGUCCUGGUAUAUUUAUACAUUUAUUUAUAUUGAUAUCUCUACAUACUCACAAAAAGCUGGUUUGUUCUGUUACUUUUGAUUUCUUGAACCUGCUUUUGCAUUUAGGAAUAAAAAUCUUCUUGUCGGAUUACAGGCUAGCAAUUUCUGUAAAUGCUACAAAUGUUUGCAUUCUAUUUAGACUGAAAAGAGGCCAUGUAAAUGAGAGAAACUCUGUCCCGGUGAUAUUUUCCGUCCCGAUAACCCGACUCUUCCCGACUGAAUAGCUGCUUUGUCUGAAACGUUGCAUAUUUUUUCUUCUCUCAGAUUUCCCUCAGAUAAGCGACACAGACUCCUCAGUUUAAGCGAGCGAACAGAAGCGUCCAUUUGUACCGUAGAUCACAGUGAUUCCUCUGUCUGUCCGUCCGGUCGAUGGUUUUUAGCGAGCUUAGCUGUGCGUGACGGCGUCUCCGCUUUCGGGCAGGAGGCGAUGAACUGGAACUGGUCAGUAUUAAAAGGCAGCGUAUCUGCGCAGGGUUUAGUGAGCUGAAGUAGAGAAAGGGCAGGAUGGAGAUGAGAGGGUUUAAUCUGUACCACAUGCUGAGCAAUGAGGAGGAGGAGGAGAAAAAUGGGAAUAGCCAGGAUCCAGACUACAGAUAUAAAAAAGACGAGCUUUUUAAGAGGCUCAAAGUGACCACGUUCGCUCAGCUGGUGCUACAGGUAGCUUUAGUGUCAGAGCUGAACGAGAGCAUCAUGGACGAGGUGCCCAGACUCGAAGAUGUAGCCUCAGAGUCAGCAGAAGGAGACCGUCUAUCAGACCGCACAGAUGCCUCGCCCCGCCCGAGUCCUCAACCUGACAAACUCACCGACGGCAGCGAGGCGGGCGACGCCGCGUUCUCCCCCAGAUCCACGCUUCAGAGUGUGAUCAGCGGUGUAGGAGAGCUGGAUGUGGAUAGGAACGGGUCGAGCAGCGUGACUCUGACUCCACUGAGCGCUCCGUGUUCCGCAGAGCAUCCCUACCCAGACUGCCCCUACCUGCUGCUGGACGUCCGAGACCGAGAGCUGUAUGAUCAGUGCCACAUCAUCAGCGCACACAGUUAUCCCAUCGCAACCCUCUCGAGGACGAUGAAUCCUUACACCAAAGAAGUUCUCAAUUACAGAAACAUCACGGGAAAGAUCAUCAUCCUGUACGACGAGGACGAGCGGAUAGCCAGCCAGGCGGCCACCACCAUGUGCGAAAGAGGCUUUGAGAAUCUCUUCAUGCUCUCCGGAGGCUUGAAGGUGAUAGCACAGAAGUUUCCAGAAGGAAUGACCACUGGCUCGUUUCCCGUCUCCUGUCUCCCUGUGCCGACGGGACCCUCGGGCCGGAAGCGCGCAGCACUUCGGCAGAUGCCGCAACCAGCGGAAAACAAACUGCGCUUCACCUCGGAAGACCUCAACAAGGUCCAGCACUACCUGGAUGAGGUGCUCAUACCCAGUGAGAGCAGCAGUCGUCUGAGCAGCACGAUGUCCAUUAGCAGCGCUAAUUCGAAAUUAUCCAGCGCCCGGAGCAGUCGACUCGGCUCGGGAAGCGCCAGGUCACAGAGCAGUCGGCCCUGGAAAUAACCUCGUGUCGAAUCAUUUGUGAAC